AUGGAUGCCAAGCAAACGUACUUUGGGGCCUACGAGCGGACGCUACCCGUGCUCUCUCGACCCCCAGUGGCCGCACGCACGCGCACGGCAUGGUGUGAAGCUGAUUCGGACCUCCACAAGGACUCCGAUACAACCUCCAUGUCUCCUUGUCCCACUACAACCGUAGCAGCACCGCCUCGGCCCGCAGCUCUGGCUUCCGCUUCCGCUUCAGCUUCAGCCUCCAGUUCAGCCCCUCAGCAGCCUGCCCAAACCACCACCACGGAGCGCAGUGCUCCCUCCAAGGUCCGCAAGCCCCGGAAGGCCACCAAUGCCUCAUCAGGCAAGUCCACGCUAUUCUGGGUCCAUACAGAUCCAGACUCAGCAUCAUCGGGGACGAAGGAGGAGACACUGAAGCGCAUCCGGUCCCAUGUGAUGUCCGAACACAAUCGCAAGAAGCGAUUGGAGAAUACCAAGAAAUAUAAAGGCAAAUCUUGGAAGCACUUGGCCUUCCAGCCGCCGGAGACGAUCCCGGGGGCCAUGGGGCCGCCCCGGCCUCCAGCAUCGACGCCCUCUUCCUCGUCUGAUAGCAGCCGACAGAGCUCACAUGUCGGAGACUCACCCCCAGUGUCGCAGGAAUUGGUUCCUACUACGACUACCGUGGGCUACUACUCGCCCGUGGCGGCCGCAGCAGAGGCGUGGGCGGGGGACUUAUGGGGUGAUGAAUCGUGGGACGGUAGUGGUUACGAUGAAAUUGUGGGGUAUCCAGCCCAACAAUCAUCCUUUUCUCCAUGGACCGUGGUGGGCCCGGGGGCCCACGAUCCCUUUAAUACUGGACACACACAGCUCACGGAUCGCAUGAUGCGUCAUCUGCAGAAUUUCUUAUGGGAUCUCACACAAGAAGCGCAUCCGUUGCAGACGCGGUAUAAGCCCAAGUUGCAGGCACAUUGGGCCGCUCUUAUUCAGCGAGACCCCGCCGUUCUUCACGCGACGAUCUGCAUGUCCACCUCCAAUGCGGCUAUGCAACGGGGCGAGCUGCCCAUCCGAGAUCCGAAUCAGACACGCAGUGCGCUUGUGGUUGAUACGUUUCAUCAUCGGGGCGAGACGAUUCGUUUGGUAAAUGAGGGCUUGUCGGAUCCGGUCAAGUGUGCUAGUGAUGAGUUGAUUGCGGCGGUGUCUACACUAUUGACAAUCGAGAUUGCAUCGGGCAACCCGGAUUAUUUAAAGAUCCAUUUAGCUGGCUUGCGCCAGAUGAUUGGACUGCGCAAGAAUUUCGCCGAUGUCCCCUCCGAUGUUCGAUUCCAGAUUAAUUGGACGGAUAUUCGAGUUGCCUGCAUGGCCCUCGCCAAACCAAUCUUCCCCUUCGUCCGGUCCGUCCGCCCUGCAGGCUUCACCCUUCUCCCACCAAACGAUGACGUCGCCCUCUGCGCAACCCGCCUGAUCCCGCUCAUGAAAAUUCCCGGAAUCUUCAGCGAAUCCUUCUCUAAAAUAAUCUACGACUUGCUCGAGCUAUCCUGGUACGCUGAGUGGAUCAAGGGCAGCACGGGCUACAAAGAGUUCAAUGACGAGACGGAAGACUACUUCAACUUCGAGGUGCUGUAUGUCGAGUACUCGCUGCACGCGGACCGGUACACGCCCACCGGCCAGAUCAAAGGUGACAACUCAAUCGAGGGUUGCACACGCCUGGCAUGCCUGUGCUUCCACAACAGCGCCAUCUGGAGCUUUUACCCCAUGAUUGCCCCGCUGUUGCCAAAACCUAUCAUGGCACUGCGCGCUGCACUGGAAGCGACCAUCCCGUCUGGGCUAUUCGCGCUGUGCCGUGAUCUCUUGAUCUGGCUGCUGUUCACAGGCGCGGCGUGUAGCCAGGUCAUGCCGUCUGAGCGCACGUUUUUUGUGUCGGAGCUGGCAACGGCCGCGCAGCUGCACGGUGUGACCUCUUGGCAUGACUGCCGGUCCAUCCUGCUAGGCUUCUUCUAUGCGGACCGUGUCCACCUGCCCAUGCUGAGGCAAGUUUGGCAGGAGGUCGAGGGGCGGCUGGAGCCACCCACUAUGUGA